CACAGUCCGGAAGUGUUUUGUGGCAGCGUAAACAACACUACCAGUGUGAGUUUUCCAGUCGCCACACGACUAUCAACCAUAAAAUAGACUCAGUUAAAUACAUAUAUAUAUAUAUAUAAAAAAGACUAUGACGACGGCACUCAGUAUAUAUUUUUCCGGUUUGCUAAAGUCGCACAACUCGUUAGAAGUUAGCUGUUAGUUUAGCCGUGAAGGAGCUACAGAAAUGGACUGCGUUGUGACGGGCGGAAACGUGAAAGUAUUCGCCAAAGCCAUUCACUCGCUGUCCAGAAUCGGCGAUGAGCUCUACGUGGAACCUCAGGAAAAUGGGUUUGCCUUGCGGUCUGUCAACUCCUCUCGGUCGGCGUAUGCUUGCUUCCUGUUUGCGCCACUCUUCUUCAGCAGGUACACCAUACCCAGUGGGAAUGUCUUCCGCUGCAAAAUGGCAAUAAAGAGUGUGCAAGCAGUCUUCAGGUCUCUAGCAUCUUUGGAGAAGACCGUAGAAAAGUGUCAUAUUGAGCUGGACGAGCAAAAGGACCGCCUCACCUUCACGCUGCAUUGCAAACACGGCCUCUUGAAGACGCACAACCUCUCUUUCCAGGACAGUGAAAGCUUACAGGCCGUGUUUGAUAAGGACAGCUGUGCCAACAUACUUCGAGCCAAUCCCAGGCUGCUUGUGGACACAGUUGUGCAUUUCCCUCUCUCUCUGGAGGAAGUGACUCUUUCUGUCAGCGAUGAAAGAAUGUGGCUCAGGAACCACGUGGAUGAAGAUUUAGAGCAGUCCAAGGCCAUGCUGACUGAACUGUGUCUGGCCUCUGAGGAGUUUGACCAUUUUGCCGUCCAAACUCAGAGCAGCAUCACCUUCUGUCUAAAGGAGCUACGGGGUUUGCUGCUUUUUGCCGAGUCGACAAGUCUCCCUAUUUCUGUGUACUUUGACGAAGCGGGCAGCCCUCUUGUGCUCUCGGUAACCGACAGCAUCCUAGAGGGGAACUUUGUGCUGGCCACGCUUUCGGACGAUGCUCGAGCCACCGUCAGAAGAGGGCACACUCCCCCGCCACCGCCUCCUCCCGACGACUUCAUGAACGACGACAUGGACUCCUACCUCAUUGCCAUGGACACCAGCAUUGCACCUGGCCCUGCUCAAGCUCAUUCCGCCACUUCAAAACAGCACAAGGGAGCCAAUCACAGGCCAAGACUGCACAGUCAGGAGGAAGAGGGAACGGCUGAAGGAGAUGUGCCGCCGAAUAAGAAGUUCUGUUCCUUGUUCUUCGGGUCAGUGCUUCCUACAUCUUCACAGACGAGCAACCAGGAAGUGCUGGCCAGUGAUAGUGAGGACGACUGACUGACAGAAACUGAUGAGUGGUGAUGAAAAGCCUUAGACCAAGUGUUAUUUUGAGUGGUAAAGCCUGAACUUUUAUUUUGGAGAAAAUAAUGCUAAUAGCAACCACCAUCUAUCCCAGCUGACUUCGGGCGAGAGGCGGGGUACAUCCUGGACUGGUCGCCAGCCAAUCGCAGGGCACAUCGAGACAAACAAUAAUUCACACUCACAAUGAUAACUAUGGACAAUUUCGAGUCGCCAAUGAACCUAACGUGCACGUUUUUUUGGAACGUGGGAGGAAACCGGAGUACCCGAAGAAAACCCACGCACGCAUGGGGAGAACAUGCAAACUCCACACAGCGGAGAUUCAAACCCAGAUCUUCUCCUGACUGUGUGGCCUGUGUGACUGUGUGCUCACCACUCAGCCACCUUGCGGCCCUAGCAACCACCAUGCGUGAGUGCAAAAUAGUCAUCUCCUCUUUUAUUAUUAUUAUCAUUGUUGUUGGGCUACAGUGUGACCUUUUAGGAAUCAUGUUGAAAAGAAACAUAAAGCACUAGAUUUUUUCUGAGGAGCUUUGAAUAAAUCAACCUGAAUUUCCUAAACAUGCCAAGAAAAUGGAAUGUGUUAAAAGUAAGAUUCAGCAUAGGAAAAAGAACUUUUCAUUGUCUCUCGCUGGACCUGAAAACUUUUACCCCUUGUUUGCGGUUUCCUCCUCUCUCCCUCUUUCUCCUUCUUCUCCUCCUCUUUAUCCCUCCUUUCCUGCUCCUGUGGCUGCCACCACCUCCUCCUCCUCCUCCUCUCCUCCUCUUCCACUAGCUCAUCACUAAAGUCCUGGAUCAAGAUCGUAGGGACUUGUAUUCCGGUGCCCACCACAUUUUUGGGUUGCCUGCGGAAGAGACUAAAAUGUUUAGCUGGUUCAGUGUGAGGAACGGUCGGGUUUGGAGAGUUGGCAGGUGCUUGACGGGGGUCGGUGAAGAGAUCUUUUGAGAGGCGGCGUGUUAACCUGGAGGACUUGCGGAUACAGACGUCACCGGAAAGGCUUCUGUUGCAGCUACUGUAACCGCUUUUCUCCUUCCGUGCAAGACUCCCAGUCGCCUUGCAGGCUUGGUUGAGAUUUAUUUCCUCAUUUGCUUGUUUUUUUUUACUUGUGCUUUGUGCACCCCCUCCCUGAUGGACGUGUUCAACAACGGUAUUCGUGUGACAUAUCUUUGCACUACUUUGCAUAUCAGCUGCCAAUUGUUGCUGCAUGAUGUUUGCGUGUUCCCCGGCCUUGUCUUCUUGGGUCUGCGCCAGAGCGUCACCUUGCUCCUUUCUUUGGAGGCGGGGCCCCCCCGCGGUGUCUUCUGAUGACUCAGUCCUGUGAUAUUUAUCCUUCUGCGAGGAGCUCCUGUCAUCUGGCCGAUGCGUUACUGUUGGGGAUUGAGAGCUUUUGGCAGCUUCUUUGGAGUUGUCCUGCUCCAAGUCUGUCUUUCUUUUCUGCAUCUUUUCCACGUUUUUCAUCGCUUCAGUUUGUGUCAUUUCUCUCUUUGCCAUGCCUCUUUGUGGGUUAAUGCCACCUGUAUCCUUAAAGCUCAACUCGUUGCAGCUCCUCCAGUCCUUUGAGAGAUGCCUCGGAACUCUUUCCCAGACGUUCCCGCCUUUCCUCCACCUGGAGGAAGACAGCGACAGGCUGGAAGCCGAGCGGGUGAGGGGCACAGACAGAUUCCCCGUCUCUCUCUCUUUCUUUUCCAGGUCCUCCUGGUUGUCUUGAGCCCUCGCCCAUGCCAUACGGUAACCCUGGCAGCGACCUCUGGGGUCAAAGGUGGACGAGGGUCUGUCUUUUCUCCACUUUGCCAGCUCCUUCUCCGUGUGUCUCUCCAGAUCGCUGGCUGAUAGUGGGAUAGCACACACCUGAAACCGGAGGUUGAACAUGUGGUUACUGUUUCAUGGCAAACAUACUCCCUGUCAGUCACUGCAGCGUACACUCCUGAUUAAAAUGUUAAGACCAGUUGAAAAAUGGCAAGAAUUUACAUUUUGCACUGUUGGCUCUUAAGGAGCUUCUAAGUAGAGCUUCAAAAUGGGAGUGAGACAAAAACAUUUUUGAGUAAGCAAUUUAUUGCAAAUAAGCAAUAAAGUGAAAUAGGCUGAUCAUCAGCUGAUCAAAAGUUUAAGACCAUAGCUAAUAGAACAACUAAAAUAAAAAUAGAAAUACAAUAGGAAAAAAAAAGACUCAGUAAUGUGCUGCUCUGUUCUUGUUUGACGCCCCUGCACAACCUGAAACUCCAUUGUUCCAUUGAAGGAUCAUGAGGGCGUCCCCUCCACUGUGCCGUGUGGAAAACAUCUCAGGUGGGAUCUCCUUGCCAUGCCAGUAACGUUGGAAGCCAUCAGGACCGUCAAGGUUACAUUUUUUCCUCAUCAGAGAAUAAAACUUUUUUUCCACCUUUCAAUGUCCCAUGUUUGGUGCUCACAGGCAAUUCCAAACGGGCAAUUUUGUGGCGUUGAAGGAGACGAGGCCUUUUGAAGACCCUUUUUUUUUCUCUUAAAACCCUUCUCUCAAAGAUGGCGUCUGAUGGUUAUUGGACUGCACUCGGCGCCAGUAACAACCUUCCUUUGGGCCGAGGAUGGUCCCGUGUCUUGACGGAUCCUCCGGCUCAGGGCUGGUGAAUUUCUUUUUAGUCUAACACUUGACUUUUUUGUUCUAUAACCCUCAGGAUGUUUGAAGAAGUUUCAAAUGACUGUCCUACCGCGUCCAACCUCAGCAGCAAUGGCGCGCUGCAGCUCAACAAUCCCACCGCAUUCAAAGAGAGAAAGUCUUUUUGCCUUUGCCAUCAAGAGAUCAUGACCGUGUGAAUACCUCACAGAAAAUGACAUUGAGUCCACAUGUUUGCCAAGUUUUUGGCUUUUAAAGGCUGUGGUCUUAAACUUAUAAUCAGCUCAUUUGACUUCAAAGCUUGUUUUCAAUAAAUUGCUUACUCAAAAAAAGUUGUUGUCUCUCUCCCAUUUCUUCUUUUCGCAUUUUGAAUUUCUACUUAGAACCUCCUUAAGGUCCAACAGUGAAAACAUUUUAAAUUAUUGCAAUUUUUCAACAGGCCUUAAAAUUUUGACAAGGAGUGUAUAAUUGACCCAAAUAUAAGACAUUUGGUCGUAUAUUUGGCGAGAUUUGCUACAUGAGAUACAUGCAAACCAACAGGUGGCGCCAAAGCAAGUCAGAGCUUUUCCUCUGUCACUCACACACUAGUGCUAGAAAAACACAGCCGCGAAUGUCUUAAAAGUUGUCAGCCAGUUGAGAUCGUGUUGUUCUUACCUCUGCGAUGAAGUCGUCCUCCACUUCUUGGACCUCACACCUGACAUCUCUCAGCCUCUGCAGAGUCUCCAUCUGACCCUGGCACCGCUUUCUUUGCUCGGCCCGACCCAGCACCCUCCGCACCAGCACCACUGCCACCUGCAGCAGCACCCGCACCCCUUAUACAUGACACGGAUAACUAUGUUGGUUAUUGUUGUGGUUUCCUACUGCAUCAAACUGAGAGGUGCUGUCCCUGGAAACAGCUCUCAGUAUGCAAAUAAAGUACAAUUCACAAUAUUGUUAUGCAUUAUCUUGGGUGUUAUUUAAGUGGUGGUUGUUUGGGAUCUCAUGGGUGUAAGCGAGGGAUUUACCAUUGCAGAAAAACAGGUCCCACACUCGUAGCAGGGUGUUGAAGGGCAGGUGGCGUGUGAACAAACACAUCAGCCAGUCUGUGGCGAACAUCAGGGGCUCCACCCCGUGCUGCUGCAGGUGUUUGUAUGCGGGGGGGCAAGCUCUUUUCAAAACCCAGGUCAGCAUCGUUGCAUCGAACAAGACUCCUUCCUUGGUGACACAUGCAGCUCAGGAUGAACAGUCCCAGCAUUCAUGAAGGUGUCACCACUAUUAUGAUGAGGUGUUCACUGACAUGCUGUAUACUGUGUGUUAACUUGUGUAGCCUCACCAGCAGAGGGCUGUAGUAUCCUGGUAGGUAGAGCUCACUAAUUUGCACCAGACACCAGAAGGCCUCCUGUCACAGGUCAGCAUCCACAAGACGACAUUAAAACCCGUUCCCUUUUAAUUUGCAAACCAUUUUGACUGUUGAAUGAAUGUACUGUAUAUAACUUCUUCGCUUAUCUUUACAAAAUAUCAAUGUGGCCCUUGCAUCCUUUCAUUUUUCACUAUGUGGCCCUCAGUGGAAAAAGUUUGGACACCCCUGCCUUAAGAGUUAAGUAGAGAAUAAUUCUCAGUACCUCAGCUGGCAUGUUCAUCAAGAGGACUGCAGCCACUGGUCCUUGAGCCUGGCAGUACCCUUCCUCGGGUUUGUACUGAGUGUAGGCUUUCAACACCCGGAACAAUCCUUGCUGCCUAGACACGCACAACAGGACUGGGUUCCGAUAAAUCUGCCUUUAACGUAAAAGGCAAAUGGCAACAUCAAAUAUGACAAAUAGUGUUUGAAUGCAGCGUACCCGUGUCCCUCCUUGGAGAGGAACAUCUCGUGGAAAGGAAACUGUCGGUCCAGAUCUCUCUCAAUGACGGCCACCCACUGCUGCGGAGCGACCUUUGAGUCCAGAGACUGGCACGGGGUGGGGGGUGAGUGAGAUGAGUAAUAUGUGUUUUGUAUUGUUGCAUCUGUCCGUUGUGUCUGAGGUUUUUUUUACCUGGAAGAGGUGUUUGCUGUUGUUAAUCCUGGUGACGGCGCCACACAGCCGAGGCCAGCACUUUGCUCGGAGUGAGGAUGGGAUGCCUUUCUGACACUGAACUUUGACCUGCCAUCAACACACUGGCCAACUGAGACAGAUAGAUGAUAGAUAGAUGGGUAGAUAGGUAGGCGGGCAUACCAUGUUGUUCUUUUUUAACAAGAUGCUUUCCCAUUGGUCCAUGACAUUGAUCCACUUGGCUUCCCUCUGUCUGACCAGUUGAGGUCGUGGGCCCACAGUCCUGCUGACAAAUCAAAUCAAUAAAAAAAAUGCAAUUUUCCUCAGAAA